CAUUCCUCUUGUUUAUUUAUAAGAAAGAGAAUUUGGCUGUCACUGUUCACAAAGAAUGCCAGCAAGCAGAAAGGAACGGACCUCUGAAAAGGGAAUACCACUAAACAUUUGGCAAACCCACCCAUAAUGGUAUUGUAAUCCUAUUGUAUUAGUCCUGACCAGGGUUGGCUGUUAAACCAACAUUCAGUGCAGAAUUUGGUGCCAUUUUGGGAUACCAUCAUUAUUCUCCGAGGAAUAACCAUGGAUGAAACAUUGAUUUCUGACCACAAUGGAGAUCUAUGCUUAGAAGUAAAGCAAGUGCAGAUAACUGAUAUUAUUGAUGAAAUGGCAGCACCAGCUGAAGACAUUCUGUGUGGAACAUUGGGAUGUGACUCUGGGAUCCAAGACCCAGUUGAUGAAGAGCAACACAUACAGUGUGAAGGCCAACAACUGGUUACUGAAGAAGAGAAGGCAAAGGAUGUUGAAAUUGUAGAAGAAAAUAUAAAGCUUGGAGAUACAGCUAUAGCCAACACUUACCACAAUAGAGAAGUUGCCAAAGAAAUAACAGAGGAGCCCAGGAUGGAAAUUGGAUCAGAGGAAGACAAUAUCCCUGUGUGUGAAAUAUCUGGGGAUACAGAUUUUGCCCAGCACUGCAGUAGUCCAAUGAGCCAACAAAUAGCAAUGCCAGACUUAUUUCCGAUUCAGAAAACAGAGAAUCUCUCAGUCUUUUUUAUGACUGACGUUGAAGAAGAAAUGGUUUCAACUGGGCAUGGCAAGGAAAACGGAAAGGAGUCAUUUGAUGAUGAUGAGCAAGAAAACGGGUCAAAAUAUUCCCUUUCACUCAGUCCAACAGGCAGCCAACAAGAUUCCUCCGAGGGACCCCCGAAUAGUGGAAACCGGCCGGAUAUCUUCAGGCACAGUUACUCACGAUACAAUACUGUUUCCUACAGCAAGAUUCGCAAAGGAAACACUAAGCAAAGAAUUGAUGAAUUUGAGUCUAUGAUGAAUCUAUAAUAAUCCUGAAAAUAUUUAUUCUCUUUAACUCUUCUUGCUCCUUUAUUAAUUGUGCACAGUCUGUUAAUGAUUAAUUCAAUAGAUCUUAUAAAAAAAGUCAUUCUUGUUUCUUCAAAUUUCUGAUUUUGCAUAAUGGUUAAUAAAGGGUUUCUCAGGGGCCCCAAAUUUUUUUGGGGAAUCAGCCUUGCAACCCAAAAAUUGGUUUGGAACCAUUUGUAAUACCUUUCUAAUUACUAUUUUCAAUUGUACAAUGAAAUAUUACUGUAUUAAAGGGGAUCAUGGAGAGUCCAAACACACAGGCUGAGAAUCAUUGGGUUAUUAGAUAAUAACAGAUAUUAAGUUGUAUACCGUCAUUUUUUUAUUUUCCCAUUGUACAUUACGUAAAAGAAGUUGUAAAGAAGAUAAUUUAUUGUUAUACUUCUGUUGCUUUUUUGCCCUAGCUUCUGUAAAUGGGCUAUUGAGUCAGCUUGCAGUUUCAGUCUUGCCUGCCAUUGUUAUCAGACUGACUGGCAACCACCUUCUUUAUCAUCUCCCACAGACCUUCUAUUAUAUUGUAAACCCAUACAAGAAGCAAGCCUGGCAUUGUGAGCAAUUCUUAGGCUUGUCCAUAGAACUGCAGAUGCCUUCACUUGAUAAUAAUUCAGUUAGUAUGAGGGAAGGAUCCUGUUUUAUUAGAAAAUUCAAUGCUGGGCAUUUCUAUUAGGCGGGAUCUUUGCUAGGGUUGAGAAAGUUAAUAUUAUAGCUGGAUAUGCAGAUUUCUGAGCAGAGAACAAAACGUUAUGGCCUUACAUAUCCUUUUAACAAUCUAACAGCAAUAUGGUAUGCACCCUGUGAAUAACUAAUAAAGUUCUAUGCUCUA